AUGCAGGUAAUGCAAGAUCCCUCUCAAGGGAUUCAUCGCGACUUGUUACAUCACGUUCAUCUUCUCUCUACUUAUCGAUUUCCAAACACACCUUCACAAUUACAUCCGGAAAGAGUAGCAGAAUGGCUUUUAAAUGCACCAAAAAUUACUCGCGAUCAGGCUCCUGUUUAUUGGACUUACCUUGAUCGACCUGUUGAUGGUACAGUCUUAUUAUCAUGGCAAACACCUACAUUGGGUCAUGAAUUUCCUAGUGAUGGUUAUAUCUGGGCUCCUGGAGAGACGGCAUUCUCUAUGGAAGUCAUGGGAUGCACUCUAGAGAUUUAUCAAUGCAAAAUUGGUUAUGCUACUGGUGAAUCUAUUGCAUCUCACAGUCGUCGCCGAUAUCGAAUUCUACCACCUCGAAUUCCAAAUCAAAACCCUUUACCUGAUCCAAACCUCUGGAUUAUUCAUUACAUUCAAGCUCCUCCGGAAGACCGUCUUCCCUCUCACAUCAUCCCAAUUAAUCAACAAAUUCAAACCAUUAUGAGCACAAGGCAAUAUUUACAUCAACAAGGUCAACUUAUUCACAAGGAAUUUUUACUUCAUGAUAGAGCCAAUUGGGCAAAAAUUGAUUUUCCUCGUGGUCAUCCAAGAGGCGCACCAAUGUAUGCAGCGAGCAUUCCACCAAGAGUUCCUCAAUCAAUGGCAUACCCAACUCAUCCUCAACCUGGUCCACCUCCAAAACGAGCUCGAACAGCUGUUUCUCAAGCCGCAGCUGCAAAUAAUACCACUGCAGUUGUUGAGGAAGACGAAGAAGAAAAUUCUCGAGGAGAUUGGUUCGACCUUACAACACCUCGCGAAAUCAGUUACAGCAGAUUUCUCACAAAUUAUGAUUGGAUGGAGGAAGUUCUAUCUUCACCUUAUGCCAUUCAUCAAAUCGUUCCCACAGACCUUGGACUUGGUGUUCGUGGUGAAUUGAAUAGUCUCACUGAAGGUAUAUUUAAUGCUCCUCUCAAAGAAAACGAAGAACCAACACCAGCACUUAAUUAUGUUGGCCGUCUUGAUCCAGGCAAGGCAGAAGAAUUUCGAAAAAGAGCUCACGAUACUAUUGCACAAACUAAUAAGGAUAUCGAAAAGAUAAAAGCUAAACAUGCAAAACGUCUUGCGAAAUUUCAAAGGGGCUCUCUUAUCUCUCAAGCCGAGAAAGAAUUACGUACAGCUGUUGAUGAUCCUUCAGAUGUUGGUCCUGAAUAUUGGAGACUUGAAGGGAAAAUCGAUGAAGAAGAGAAUGAAGAUACCGAAACUCCUAUCAAAGUUCCUUCCAAGGUUGAUGAUGUUCUCGCAAAGGUUGAAGCUUCUCUUGGUCGUCAUGCGGUUGCAAUUAGUGAACUUCGUCGUAUUCAAGAUGGUGGAUAUGAAGAAGUUGCUGCACAAGCAAGUCCUCAACCUUCUCGACCUUCUAGAAAUGGUUCUCAGCAAAGUGGUGUUCUUAUCAAUGAGUCAGAUGUCGCUGAUGUUGAUAUGACUAAUUCUACUGCUGGUUUACUCGAUCAAUUUCACAAUAGCAAUCCAUCUUCCUCUCACGCCACACCAAUGAGUGCGAAUUAUCCAACUCCUGGUCAUUUACAACAUCCAUCUGCAGCAACCACACCAGCAGGGGCUCUACAUAUGGCAUCUCCACAUCUUUCUCAAACUAUGGGAACACCACAAGCUGCUCAACAUCAAUUUUCACCGCAACAAGAACAACAAGAUAUACAUAUGCAGGAUUCAAUUUCAACAGCAGAAGCUCACCAAUCUAUGACUGCAACUGCCCAGCCUACUGGUGAUACCUCAGAUUGGGUUGUCAUACCACCAGGAGGUGUCUCACCUACAGCAGAUCCUUCAAAUACAAACACAAAUAGUAAUACACCAAAUCCCCAAUCUCACGAUCAACAAUCAGCACUACCAGAUUAUCUUAAGCCUUCCAGUAACAAUACACCAGAACAAACCACAAAUUCUACAUCUUUACCUGAACCACAAGUUGAACAUUCACAAGAACAAGAAGAACAAGAACAUCAUACUGAACUUAAUGAAAAUGAUUUUGAUCUUGAAGAUUUAGAUACAGCUGGUGAUGCUUUAGCUUCAUAUGAUGCUGGUGAUAAUAUGGAAGAUGAUGGUCAUGGUUUGGGUGAUUUGGUUGAUGAUAGUGCUUUUGGUGAAGCCUUUCAUGGGAUUGAUCAUGAUCAUGGCGAUACAGAUGGAGAUAAUCAAGGCAUGUAA